AUGAAGGACGGAUGGCUGAGGACUGAGUGCGGCGCGAGGCGGUGGCCACGGCCGGCGGAUGGGUGCGUCUGGGCGCGGACGAACGCCAGGGCCCAGGGUCUGGUCCUCCUCCUUGUGGCAAGUCCAGGGAGCAGCCGCCUCGCCCAGCCCCGAGGCGCACUCGUCCCGGCGCACAGGCUGCGGCGACUAGGCAGGCGCUCGGUGCCGCGGCUCGCCGCAGGGGCGCAGACUGGAGAGCGAUCGCCUCCCCCACCCACCGCCUCCGCCCACCACCCACCGCCUCCGCCCCUCGGAGCAACUUUUCCCGGUGCGGGCGAGCUCCCCAGCAGCUCCGAGCCGGCCAGCCCGCUAGCCGGCCGGCGGGGCCCGCUGCGCUCCUGGCCGCGCCCCGGGUGUCCCGAACGCCUGGAGGACCAGCCACCGCCCGCCGGGCUGCGGGUGGCACUGGAGAGAGGGUGGCUCGGUGGGCGCGGGGCGGGAUGCAUCCCUGCCACUCUCGCCACGCGGGCGGCGGUGCGAGCCGCACCGCUCGGGCCGCCCCGAGGCCAGGACGCGGUGCCCGCCGGAGCGCCCUCGGGUUGCGGCAUUUGGGCUCCCGAAGACAACCGAGUUCGGGCGCCAGCAGAGGCCGAGCCGAGCCGCGGGGACGCAGCCUGUCCCCCACGAGCGAGGCGGCGCCGGCGCGUCCCCAACCAGUCCCUCCAGGGCUGGGGAGCUACAAACUUUUGCCGGCUCCCGCGGCCCUCGCCUCCCGGCUCCCGCCGCGGUGCUCGUUUAAGGUGGCGCGAGCCCCGGCCGCCCCGGCCCGGCUCCGGGCUCGCGCUUUUGUCUUGGCCGUCCCGCUGGGGCGCGGACCUCCUUAAGAAUAAGCACGUGGGCAGGGGCCGCGGCCCCGGCGAAGCGCUUGCCAGCGCCGGGGCGUCCAUCAGCCGCUGGGACCUCCGAGGCGAAAAUAGGAAUCAGUCCUCUCCGGCCUCCGGGCCAGGGAAGCCCCUUGAACCGGCGGCGCCUCCCGUCCUUCCUGGGCACCGGGGUCUCCCUCCCUUUCCCCAGGACCCCCAGGACUCAGCUUCCUCGGGUUGCUAGAGCCACUAGUCCCCCUUAAGAAGCGUUGACUGUACGGCGGCGCCAGAGGGCCAAACUAAAUUCGGUUUCGGGAAAACGCGCUCGGGGCAGUUCUCUAAAUCCCGGCCUUGAACUGGGCCAGUGGCGGUGGCCCGGGCGCACAGUGCUGGCGACCAGGCUGCUUGCUGUCCAGUCGCUUUGUCACCUGGCUUCCUCCUCCCACCCACAUGCCCCAAGGGCCCCAAGCUCACAGCCAGCGAGGCCUGAGGGCUUCUGAAAGAAAAAGGGUCCCCCGCCCCCCAAAACGAAACCUGUCCCCGGCCUAGAUCUGGGUGCCCAGAACUCGCUGGGUCCCACUCCCAGGAGCCGCCCACCCACUUCACCCGAAGCCCCAGGCCACUGGGGAGCUGAGCCAGGCAGCAGAGGUGGGCAAGCAGGGGAGGAAUCCUCCUCCGCGGAGACACCGCAGUUUUAGGACGCCUUUUUCUUUCCCCUGAUUUUUCUUCCUCAAAUCCCGUGCCCCACCAACAUGCCCAACCAAAGGGGACUAGAGAAAAUUCCAAGCCCGUGAAAGCGAAGUGACUCAAGUAAAUAAGCCAGUGAAGGUAGCUAAAAGGGUUUUGGAAGCAAAGAAAGAAACUGUAAGUUUGAUCGACAAACUUAAAAAAAAUCUGUAAUAGCAUAUCGAAAUGCGAAGGGAGUGUUUCAAAAACUUAACUAUCGCUGCCAAACUUAGCCUGUUUUUAAUGAGAAAUGCAUAUAUCUUAUUUAUAUAUUAACAACAAUAAGUCCCCCGUUUCCCUUCUUACCUUGGUGUUGAAACUGCAGGAUGCACCUCUGGCCCAAUGACCACGAACUAAGAAGAAUUGAUGAUAUUAGGACUUCAAUACUUCUGGGGGGAAAAACAUGCAAAUCGUUUAGUGAGGAUCUUUUUUGUCUGAUUCGUCAGUAUUAUUAUAUCUGAUGAUGUGAAUGGUUGGAACGAUCCUAUCCUAAGUCAUUAAUGAGCUAUUUUAUAAAAAUCACAGUCGGAAAAAUCUUCCUUUGCAUUUUCCUAGGAUCACAUCGCUAACCUCACAGGCUUGUGUCAACAGCUUGAUUGUGGACUUCAGCUACACUCUUAUAAACAACACAGCAGUAUUGUUAAUCGGUUAAUAUUUUAUACAGUGUAAAUAUUUUAUUAUGCUUGGAAGGGAACUAUUGAUUCUAAAUUAUUAAAAAAAAAAACCUAGAAAGUCUAUUUAAAUAAAGUAUACAAUUAAGUACAAUUAAAUGUGCAUUGUGGCCAAAUUCUACAUCCUUUCAAAUUCAUUAUUUCUCUUGUCUAUUUUUGAUAAUGAAAAGAAAAUCUACCAUUUGGGACAAAAAAGUCUAAGUUAUUUAAAAUUACAUUUCAAAAAAUAAAUAAAAUAUAUUUAAUAUACAUAAAAAUGUCAAAUUCGAUGUUAUUAGCAAAAUGGUACUUUGAAUGUUGGCAGAUUUAUUUUUAGUAGGGCAUUUUUCAAAUUUCUCUCGUUUAGCAAAAGGAGAAUUCUAGAAAGUUUUGCCAAGUCUGCCCAGUGUGAAUUUUUUCCUUUAGUUUUGUCCCUUAAUAAAGGCCUUUUCUGUUUCAAGUUCCAUGUGCUUUUCCCAGCCGUUGGCUCAUUUCAACUAAAGCAAUUACUUCAAACACUUCUAAUUCCUCCAGUAAGAUUUAUCUUAAAUAAUACUUUUACAACGUCUGUUAUGAUUUUCAUUUUUAAAAAGUUAAUAAAUAUAUUUGAUGAU